AAGCUGCCACAAGACGCCAAGGCCACAAGCCACCCAGCUUAUGCGUCCGCUCCUCAAUCCUCUCCUGUUGGCACUGGCCUCAUGGCGCUCUUGUUGACCAUGGUCAUUGCUCUCACUUACCUCGGCGGCUUUGCCUCCCCAAGCCCUGUGCCUCCCUCUACAGCCCUCAAGGAGCUCAUUGAGGAGCUGGUCAACAUCACCCAGAACCAGAAGGCCCCGCUCUGCAAUGGCAGCAUGGUGUGGAGCAUCAACCUGACAGCUGGCGUGUACUGUGCAGCCCUGGAAUCCCUGAUCAACGUGUCAGGCUGCAGUGCCAUCGAGAAGACCCAGAGGAUGCUGAACGGAUUCUGCCCGCACAAGGUCUCAGCUGGGCAGUUUUCCAUCUUGCGUGUCCGAGACACCAAAAUCGAGGUGGCCCAGUUUGUAAAGGACCUGCUCUUACAUUUAAGGAAACUGUUUCUCCAGGGACAGUUCAACUGAAACAUCGAAAGCAUCAUUAUUUGCAGAGACAGGACCUGACUAUUGAAGUUGCAGAUUCAUUUUUCUUUCUGUUGUCAAAAAUGUCUUGGGGAGGUGGGGAAGAGGGUUAGGGAGGGGGAAAAAUUCCUUAGCUUAGACCUCAGCCUGUGCUGCCUGCCUUCAGCCUAGCCGACCCCAGCCUUCCCCUUGCCCAGGGCUCAGCCUAGUGGGCCUCCUCUGUCCAGGGCCCUGAGCUCGGUGGAUCUGGGGAUGACGUGUCCCUCCACCCCUCCCCUGCCCUGGAGCACACUGUAGCAUUACAGUGGGUGCCCCCCUUGCCAGACAUGUGGUGGGAGAGGUCCCACUUCACACACAGGCAACUGAGGCAGACAGCAGCUCAGGCACAUUUCUUCUUGGCCUUAUUUAUUAUUGUGUGUUAUUUAAAUGAGUGUGUUUGUCAGCGUUGGGGACUGGGGAAGACGGUGGCUGCUGGCACUUGGAGCCAAGGGUUCAGAGACUCAGGGCCCCAGCACUAAAGCAGUGGACACCAGGAGUCCCUGGUAAUAAGUACUGUGUACAGAAUUCUGCUACCUCACUGGGGUCCUGGGGCCUCGAAGCCUCAUCCAAGGCAGGGUCAGGAGAGGAGCAGAACAGCUGCCCCUCUCCGCCAGCCAGCAGCCAGCUCUCAGCCAACGAGUAAUUUAUUGUUUUUCCUUGUAUUUAAAUAUUAAAUAUGUUAGCAAAGAGUUAAUAAUAUAUAGAAGGGUACCUUGAACACGGGGGGAGGGGACAUUGAACAAGUUGUUUCAUUGACUGUCAAACUGAAGCCAGAAAUAAAGUUGGUGACAAAUA